UUGCAGGCCAUGAGUCAGUGAAUUGUAGAGCUGUAGCUGCUUGUGCAAAAUUCCAAUCACACUGGUUCAUCAAAAAAUUCCAGUCACACUGAAUUUAAUCGAAACCCGCUGCUGACUUCAUGGCGGAGAGCGAUCGCGAUCAUCGUAAGUUUGAUAUGUUGGAUAAAAAUGUUGACAUUUGGCAAUUCAUUGCAAUAUGAGUAUGUUGAUCCUGUAAGAGUUGAAUAAUUUUUUUUUUUUUUUUUACGGAUAUUUACUUGUGUUCGUAAAUAUAUUUUGAUCCAAGUUCAUCUGUGGUUCUUAUGUUUUCUUCAAAGUUGUUAAGAAAUAUGUCAUCGAGUAUGACUUUCUGAGAAGCCUGCAAUUACGCCACCAAACUCCACUGCCUCAGAAGAAGGAAAGUCCAAGGCUACACCCCUUGGAACCAUUGAAGAAGUUGUCGUGAUGAGCUCCCAUGAAAGACUUCAUGAACUUUUAGACCGAGCGUCUGCAUCCAAUACACUGGCCAGCUCCUCCAUUUCUACUCCUACUUCAGAAAUGGACAUUGCUAUGAUUUUGGUUGGUUCUAAUUACUUUCCCACCGACAUCGGACUAAUGAUUUUGGCAGUAUUGGAGCAGCUAGAGCAAUCUGUUCUAGCCUACCCCGAAGCCUAUCCUGAGUAUGAUAUGGCCAAAAACUUGAGUGAACAAGUCAAAGCUACGAAACAGCUUCUUCAACCUAAGGUUCAGUUUUGUGGCAGCAAGGAGAGAGAAUUUCAAGACCUUGCAGAAAAGAAAUUCUGGAUUGAAGCCAGGCAGGCCGCAAUAGUUGCGGAAAUUCACGGCGCCAUCAAAGAGACUGAACCGAUCCAGGCACAACUCGAGAAAUUGCUCCUGCGGCAAGAUCAAUUUAAAGAAAAUGAGGGUAAUCUCAAGACCAUCUUGGAUAUUGGAGAUGGCCUCUGGACAACCUUGAAGAAUAUAAUUCACCCCCACCUCCCUACGUGACUUCCUUUCUUGGAUUGCAUUGGGGCUGCAGUUCUUUUUCCAUUUCUUUUUGGUGUUGUUUUGGAUGGUGUUCCCAGUACACUUGAAAAAUCAUGUUUAAGCCGUAUUUUGGUCCUUUGAACUUUAAUUGAAGUACUUUUAUAUUA